ACUUUCGACGAAGCAGUUCCAGAGUGAGAGAUCUGACCCAGAAGCCAAAUGAUGACGAACUUUUGGAACUUUAUGGUCUUUUCAAACAAGCCACGGAAGGAGACAAUACUACAGGUUUGGUAUACAUUCUCCACUUUUUUGUUUGUUACAUCAUUAUAAAACUGGUAAACAAAACUAAACUAAAAAGCAGUACCAAGGAAGACAAGUGGGAUGCAUGGACCGCCCGCAAAGGAUUGAGCAAUGAAGAAGCCAAAAACGAAUAUGUGGCCAAAGUGAAACAACUGAUGACCAAAUACGAACACAGUUGAAGAAGAAUACAUCAAAAUAUAAUCAAAUAAAUUCUAAGUUUUUUAAAGAAUUGGCUCAAAACUGUCAGAAACUGAAGUUUAUCAAACUGUUUCACGCUGAACAUCGAGCUCAAAAUAAAAUGUUAGUCAUUUUUAAUUAAUGUCACCUGCUUUACAAAACUUACUUCGUAUCACAUAAUAUGAUACAUUAAAAUUGUUGAAAGCUCGAUUGUAUCAUAUAUAAAUAUGAAACAGAAAAUACUUUUCCUACAGUUACCUUGAAAGUGA